AUCAUGUGUACGCCUUUGUAUGGUCUUAAACAGGCACCUCAGGCCUGGUUUCAUCGUUUCGGUGGGUUCUUAUUGAGUCAUGGUUUCUGUCAAAGUAAAUAAGAUUCCUCCAUGUUUGUCUACCGUUCUCGGUCUCAGACAGUUUAUAUUCUUCUUUAUGUGGAUGAUAUUCUACUUAUUGGUUCCUCUUUUUCGUUUGUUCGCUCCAUCAUUAAUACUUUAUCUCGUCAAUUUGCUAGGAAGAAUUUGAGGAAUAUUCAUUAUUUUUUGGGUAUUCAGGCUCGUCGUAACUCUCAAGGAUUAUUUAUUUCUCAGGAAAAAUACAUCACUGAUUUAUUACGCCAUUUUCAUCUACAUACUGUUAAGCCUGUGCGCACACCCCCACCUUCUCAUAUUACACUUUCUCUUACAGAUGAGGAGCUUUUAUCUGAUGGUACUGAGUAUCACAGCAUGAUAGAUGCUAAUUGGGCUGGAUGUCCUGAUAGUUCCCGGUCCACCCCCGGUUAUGCAGUUUUCUUGGCACGAAUCUUAUUUCUUGGCGGUCCUAGAAGCAACCGACGAUCUCAAAGUCCUUCACCGAAGCUGAAUACAGAGCCAUCGCUUGCACCGUUCAGGAUACCUAAUUUAUUCGGUCUCUUCUUAUGGAUAUGGGGAUCUUGAUUUCAACUCCAGUUCAACUACAUUGUGACAAUGUCUCUGCAUCCUAUCUAGCCGUCAAUCCUAUCCAACAUGACCGUAGCAAACACAUAAAGAUUGACUACCAUUUUGUUCGCAAACGAGUGGCUCAUGGAGAUCUCACAGUUAAAUAUAUUCCCACACAAUUCCAGCUUUUUGAUAUUUUUACUAAGAAUUUAUCUAGUUAGCGUUUUGAGCUUUUACGUUCCAAUCUGCGCGUUGUACCCCUGCACAGAUUGAGUGAGUGUAAUAAUGUAUUAUUGCUGGUUUAUUUUGUAAUUUCCUAAACACUUGAAUUGUUUUAUUAUAAAUACAUGCUUAGGGCUCCCAAUAAGGCAAGCCAUUAUUCUCUCAAAUAAUAUUUCUGUAUAGUCUGAUCUA